AUGCUGCUGGCCAAGCCCAGAGCCCUGCUGCCUGCCCUCCUCCUGCUGGAGCUGGCUUUGUGCACCGCAGAGACUCUGGGGCGACCCGGCGGCCACAGGGGCACCCAGGAGCACAAGCCUUGGCUUCUUAGGGUGAGACGAACCCUUUGGGCUCCCAGUGCCUCCAGGAGCUCAGAAAUACUCCCAACAGAUUUGAGCUUGAAAGACAAAUUCAUAAAGCACUUAACAGGGCCAGUCACAUUUUCAGCUAAAUGUAGAAAAUAUUUCCAUCGACUUUAUUACAAUACUAGGGAUUGUACCACUCCUGCCUAUUAUAAACGAUGUGCUAGAUUGCUCACAAGAUUAGCAAUGAAUCCACUGUGUUCACAUACCUAGAAGACUUACUUUGUGAGUAUUUCUUAAAAUUUCGAUCUAAUUUGGAGAAAAAAAAUAAGUGCCUGGAAUCUUACUAAAUGCAAUAAGAACUGAAACUCUGAAGUUAAUGCUAUAUUAAAAUGAAUAAUAUGGGAAACUCCUC